GGAGGCCAGUGUGGUAACCAGAUCGGUGCUAAGUUCUGGGAAGUUGUUUGCGCCGAGCAUGGUAUCGAUUCGACGGGGAGGUAUCAAGGGGACAGCGAUUUGCAACUCGAGCGAGUCAAUGUCUACUACAACGAAGCGAGUUGCGGAAGGUUCGUUCCUCGCGCCGUUCUGAUGGAUUUGGAGCCUGGGACGAUGGAUAGCGUCAGAUCUGGUCCGUACGGUCAGAUUUUCCGUCCGGAUAACUUCGUUUUCGGCCAGUCCGGCGCCGGUAACAACUGGGCGAAAGGACAUUACACGGAAGGGGCUGAGUUGAUCGAUUCCGUUCUCGAUGUUGUUCGUAAGGAAGCUGAGAAUUGUGACUGCCUGCAAGGAUUCCAAGUUUGCCACUCGUUGGGAGGAGGCACUGGUUCAGGAAUGGGAACCUUACUGAUUUCGAAGAUCAGGGAAGAGUAUCCAGAUCGAAUGAUGCUCACAUUUUCCGUCUUCCCAUCUCCAAAAGUGUCUGACACUGUUGUUGAGCCCUACAAUGCGACUUUGUCUGUCCAUCAGCUGGUGGAGAAUGCAGAUGAGUGUAUGGUGCUUGAUAAUGAGGCUCUCUAUGACAUUUGCUUCAGGACUCUUAAGCUUACCACUCCUAGCUUGAGUAUUCAGCUUCAUAGAUCAAGUUUAGCCAUGUUUAUAAUCCAUCCUUAA